CAAAAUUGUGGAAAGGGCAAAAAUAAAAGCACCACCAAACCAAAGAGCUUCUGAAAGUAGUUGUGACAACAUAUCAUGAACAUUGCCAAGUCAUUGGGAGUGAGAAAAGGUUCAUGGACUAAAGAAGAAGAUAUUCUUUUAACGAAAUGUAUUGGCAAGUAUGGAGAAGGAAAGUGGCAUCUUGUUCCUUCUAGAGCUGGUCUAAAUAGAUGUCGCAAGAGUUGUAGACUAAGGUGGUUGAAUUAUCUAAGGCCACAUAUCAAGAGAGGUGACUUUGCUCCGGAUGAAAUAGAUCUCAUUUUGAGACUUCAUAAGCUUCUAGGCAACAGAUGGUCACUUAUUGCUGGGAGACUUCCAGGAAGAACAGCAAACGAUGUGAAAAACUAUUGGAACACACACCUACACAAGAAGUUAAUAACUCCUCCUCAGAUACAAGAGAAUAAGUACAAUAAUACCCUCAAGAUCACCGAAAGUACUAUACUACGACCAGGACCUCGACCUCGAACCGUCUCAAGUGCAAAUAAUAUUUCUUGGUGCACUAACAAUAGUAUGAUCACAAACACAUUAGACAAAGAUGACGAACAACGCAACAAAGAAAUCGUAGUAAAUAUUUGUGAGAAGCCAACAAGAGAAACAACCUCAUCGUCUAUAGACGAUGACGGAGACGGAGUUAAAUGGUGGACAGACUUAUUGGAAAAUUGGAAAGAAUUUGAGGAAGAAGCAGCAGCAGUAUUGAGUUUUGAGGAAGAAAAUAAGUUGUUACCAAAUUUGUUGUAUGAGGAACAUAAUUCAACAACCAUGCAACAUGGAGAAAAUGUUGGUUGGGAUGACUUUUCAGUUGAUAUUGACCUAUGGAAUCUAUUUAAUUAGUUUUAUAAAAUUAAAGACAUAUAAUUAAUAGUAUUGUACUACUACUUGUACUAGGGAUACCUUAUAUUUUCUAUUGUUAUUAUUAUUAUUGUUAUUAUUAUUACUCUUUAUUAGAAUAGGCACUUGAGGGUGUACGAACACUGCUAUAUGCAGUUGUACUAAAAGUAGCAUAAAUUGUACAAUAA